CUGCCAAUCGUUCUCCUGUUCCUAUUAAUCAAUCCUCUAUCCCUGCUCCUAUCAAUCAAUCUCCUAUUCCCAUUCAUUAGUUCCUAUUAACUUAUUCCCUAUUUUAUUCCAAAACUCCCAUUGUCCCACAUCGUAUUCUCUUCUAAAUUCUUUCUUGCUUCUCUAUUGUCUUCUCAAUCACCCUGUUUUAUCUUUUCCUAUUAUCCAUUCUUUCUCCUUCAUACAUUCCUGUAUUUUUUCUUACCCUUGUAGAUAUUUCCCUGAUUUCGUUACAUUUUCCUUAUUCCUUUGCAUAUAUUUCCUCAUUUUUAUCAUAAUUCCUCGCUGCCUUUCUUACCUUUGUUAUCAGCCUCUCCUUCGCCUUUUCCCCUAAACAGAGGAUCAGCUUGGCAGGAACUGUUCCACCGAGCCACCGCGCCCACAACCCCCCUUGUCAGAUCCCGAAGCCACACCCUCUCGUUACCAGGUCCCUAUAGGCAAGCCCCUCAUAAGCCAGGUAACCGCAGACAAGGCCCUCAUUCCCAGUUCAUUACUAAGUCCCCGCAGACAAGUCCCUCAUAAGCCAGGUCACCACAGACAAGAUCCUUCAUUCCCAGGUCACCGUAGACAAAUUCAUAAUUCCCAAGUCACUACAUACAAAGCUCAUCAUUCCCUGGUCAUCAUAGACAAGUUCCCUCCUUUCCAGGUCAACGCAGACAAGUCCAUAAUUCGCAGGUCACAGCAGAUAAGUCCUUCAAUCCCAGUUCAUAACCAAGUCACCGUAGACAAGUCUUUCAUUUCGUGGUCACGACAGCCACAUCCUUCAUUCCCAGAUUACCGCAGACAGAUCACUGCAGCUAAGUUCUCAUUCCUAAGUUCCCACUACCCAGUCCAAUAUUGCCAGGUCGCUAUAGCCAAGUCUCACAUUACCAGGUAUCUGUAGAUCCCCGCAACCAAGUCCCUCAUUACCAGGUCUCCGCAGCCAAGUCCCUCAAUGACAGUUCCCCGGAUCCAUCCCGCCCUUCACGUCCUUCCAUAAACUAAUCGCUCCACCAGGUUCCUCGACCACGCCCCACCACGUGGUUGCAGAUGCUUCCUCAGUCCUUCCACAAUCACCCGGGUCCUCCCCUGUGGCUUCCUUCGAUCCUGGUCCUUAUGUCACAACUGCAGGACGUCACAACAGAAGCAACUGGGGGAUAUCGGCUUCCGGGUUCCAGAAUCGAAGUCAGCAGUUCCUUCCCUCCGUACAAUCGGCGUCUGGAGACUUCCGUCCCCAACAGGAGGGAAUAUUUCGGAACUGGGAUAGGCGCCGACGGAGGGAGGGAUAUAUCUUCAGGGUCUUUCCAGGGGACGGGGACUUCAGGUGACGAAUUGAAGAUGUUUUCCUGGAAAGAGGAAUCCGGCAGGACUCGAACUCCGAAACACGGAAUUAUACUGGACUUCGAAAAUUCCGCAAAGAGAAAAACGCCAGGAUCGUCGGAGGAAGGAGGAGAGAGGGACUCUUCAGGGACUCACGAAAGGGUCCUUCAGUAUAAAUCAGCCCCCAAAGACCUAGACGUCAGCCCUGAAGUCAAAGGCAGGGACUUCACUGACCCGGAUCCUCCCUGGAAUGAAAACAUGGAAAUUAAAGCCAGUGAUUAUUUGCUUCCUGGGAGAUUGAGAAAUAAUUCAAGUCAGUCUCAGGUCUCUCCAGGGAAGGAUGACGCGGAUGCCUACGUCCCAGCCAGAAGAAAACUCUGGAAACGGAGGUCGAAGGAGAGAAAAGUUUUGGGAAAGAAAACCUGGGAAGGAAAUAAGAAUAAGAACGAAAAUAUUAUCGAAAACGGUUUUAUAAAGGAAAUGAAGAGAAGUGUUAAACAAGAAAUGAGUGAAUUGGAUAUUAGAGAAAUAAUGGAGACGGACGAAAGUAAAGAGAGCGAGAAACAAAAGUGGGUCGUUGAAGAAAAACGGGGAAAGAGCGUCAGCAAAAAACAAAAGAAAUUAGAGGAAGUUAAAGAAGAAAAUGGCUUUAAAAACACUGCGCCGAAAACCACUACGAGAGGAAAGAAGGAAGCGGAAGAUAAUACAAAAACAGAGACAGAAGAAGAAGGAAACAUUUUCAGAGACGAGGAGGAAAACGUCACCUUCACUCUCCUCAGCACAGCACCCGUUCGCGAGGUAGAAUCGCCCUUCGGUCUGGCGUCGGAGGGUCGGAAAUCCCAUCGCGACGCUGCAUUAACGAGGUAG